ACCCUGCCCUAAUCAACCUGAAAGGAACACAAGACUGUCCUUACCCCUGCAGUCCUACAGCCUUGCCAGGGGCAGGGGGGAGGGACAGGGACAGGCAGAGACAGGUGGGCUUGAUGGUGCCCUUUACUGCCCUCAGCUGAAUCCAGCUGGAUGGAUGAAGGGAUUGGGGGAUUCUGGGAAGGAAGCAGAAGCCCCACCCAUGCCCUAUUUGGGGUAACCAGUCUCAGAGCCCAGACUCCCAGAGGGCGGAUCCAGGGCUAGCCUGGGCCUGGGAAGGUGGCUGCUGCUGCUUCUGCUGGCCAAGCCUGGGAGGGAAAGACCCAGGGAACAUGGCUGUACUCCAUCAGCACGGCCCCCUGCUGCCCAGUGGCUGACAGCCCGGGCGAUCCUCAGAUACUGGGCCAGAGGAAACUUAGGCCUAGUGUCAGGGAGGGUGCUCUCCACCCUACAGCCUAGACCUUACCCUAGAAGUUCCUGCUUUGAAGACCCCAGCUGUGGUCACUGCAUGUUCCAGAGUGUUAACUGGAUGUUCUCCCACUGUGCAGAAGGGAGAUUUCAAACUCAUAAGCCCCAAAGAUUCAGGCUCUCCAGGCUUAGGGCAUCUGUUGGCGCCUGAAGGCUUAGGGCAUCUGUUGGCGCCUGAAGUCUGAACUCCAAGCCAAAGCAACGCUGUUGGGCUCACUCACAUUGCCACAAUGAGCGAGACAUUCGACUGUGCAAAAUGCUGCGAGUCCCUGUUUGGCCGCAAGUACAUCCAGACAGACAGCGGCCCCUACUGUGUGCCCUGUUAUGAUGACACCUUUGCUAACACCUGUGCUGAGUGCCAGCAGCUUAUCGGGCAUGACUCCAGGGAGCUGUUCUAUGAGGACCGCCACUUCCACGAGGGCUGUUUCCGCUGCUGCCGCUGCCAGCGCUCACUGGCCGAUGAGCCCUUCACUUGCCAGGAGAGUGAGUUGCUCUGCAAUGACUGCUACUGCAGCGCCUUCUCCUCACAGUGCUCUGCCUGCGGAGAGACCGUCAUGCCUGGGUCCCGGAAGCUGGAAUACGGAGGCCAGACGUGGCAUGAACACUGCUUCCUGUGCAGUGGCUGUGAGCAGCCGCUGGGCUCCCGCUCCUUUGUGCCCGACAAGGGUGCUCACUACUGCGUGCCCUGCUAUGAGAACAAGUUUGCUCCUCGCUGUGCCCGCUGCAGCAAGACGCUGACCCAGGGGGGAGUGACUUACCGUGAUCAGCCCUGGCAUCGAGAAUGCCUGGUCUGCACCGGGUGCCAGACGCCCCUGGCAGGACAGCAGUUCACCUCUCGGGAUGAGGAUCCCUACUGCGUGGCCUGUUUUGGAGAACUCUUUGCACCCAAGUGCAGCAGCUGCAAGAGCCCUAUCACAGGACUCGGUGGCGGCAAGUACGUGUCCUUUGAAGACCGGCACUGGCACCACAGCUGCUUCUGCUGCGCCCGUUGCUCUACCUCCCUGGUGGGCCAAGGCUUUGUGCCGGAUGGAGACCAAGUGCUGUGCCAGGGCUGCAGCCAGUGAGGGCCCUGAGCCAGGGCUUCCUGGCCUGGGCUUUCCCAAACCAGGGCUCCAGGACUCCAGGACUCUGGCUCCUUUCCUGAACCAUCUCUGGGACCCAGCCCCUCCCCAGAAUGAGGCUUCUCCUGAGCUUCAAGAUUGUCUCCCCUAUUCCAUCACACCCCAACUGGUACUCACUGACCCAGGACCCCCAAACAGGCUCUUUUGGAUUCAUGCCGCACUAUCCCAAAUCUGGAUUCCAGAACUGAGUCCUGUCCUCUAGAGUCUGAAUUCCCAGACCAAGCUCCCUCACCAAACGAGGGCUCUUAGAUCCCCAGCUCACCAAAUCUAGACUCCAGGACCCAGGCACCCUUCAAUCUAGACUUCUCUGCUUCCACCUUAAGUUUCCUAUCCGUGUCUGAGAAGUCCUCAAAGGCCACCUGCGUUUUUGAUUCCACCCUGCCUGCAUCCCAUCUCCACCCCCAGAGCAGUGGGUGCGGGGAGGGAGGGAGGGAGGGAGGAGGGCCCCACGGGUUAGAAGGCCCUAAGGUGUGGGGGGGGCUGCCCAGCUCACAUCCACCUUCUCAUUUUAUUUCAGCUCCAUCUAGCCCAGAGAUGGGCAAGAGAGGGGUGGGGGUUAGCUCACCCCGUUCCAGAUUCUGCAAUAAAGCAGUGUGAGGAGG